AAGAGCUUGGGCUACCAACUCUGAGCUGUAGACCACUAAGCUCAGCAUCCUGAUUUGGUGCCACCUUUGGGAGGAUGAAUCAGGACAGUGACUCAAGUGAUCAGCCCACUGGCCAAGACCCACUCCUAUUGCUGAAAACCCUUCAGCUUCUCUGGACAAAGAAAGAGAUGAAGAAGCAGCUCAAGGAAGAAAUCAGGCGGGGCUUUGCAGGACUGGAGGACCCAUUGGCAGGACUCCUGGACAUGCUGGAGAGCAGCAGUGAUUGGAAGGGGAAAGGGCAUUCCCUCGGGUAUUACAUCACCACUGAGUUGCAGCUUUGGAUAGAAGAGCAUCCUGCUGUUCAACAGUCUGGCAUCAAGCUGAAGAAGCUGCAGGCCCGUGUACUCAGAAUACUAGCCCAGUGCCCAGCUAAUCUUCUUGACCCUCUGAUUAGCAUUUACCAGCUCCAUACAGCAGACCGGAACUAUUUGCUUGAACAUGUCAGUCAUCUUUAUCACAAGGGCGAUUACAAAGAGGCAGCCAUACUGAGUAUUAAGCUAAAAUUACAGCCAGAUCAAGAUGUGGAGAAGAUGUGUACGCCGCUACUGCUCCAAGAUAAAACUAACUUGGUGGAAGAUUAUGUGGGAGAAUAUCCUGAGCUCCAGAGCAAGCUCUUGCAGAUCCUGGACACGUGGUGUGAACCUGGUUUUAAUAUCAGAGACAUCACAAGACAAUAUCAAGGCCUGUCCAGGUACAAACCAGAUAAAUUUAACCGCAAAAUGCUAAGCAAGCUGGUCUUCAGGCUCCUAGACCGAUUUAAUGUAGAUCCAGCUCUCUGCCCUAAUGUCAUAAAUCAGCGGCACUUGAGAACUCUGCAUUACCUCUUUUACAAGAGAUUUGUUGAGAAAACCAUGACUCAGGAGAAUUGGACAGAUCACGUUCAGAGCACAGUUGGAGAGAAUCGAUGGCUUCAAGGGCACCUGAUACAGUUACUAAUCAGUUACUGUGAUUUGAACACAGCGGCAAGGUGGGCGCAACGCUGCAAUUUGCCCAAGGAGAUGCUACCUUAUGGAGUGGCUGAUGAGCUUCAAAAGCUUCAGAUCCAAGAGCGGGUAGAAGAUGCCGCAAAAGCAGACAAUUAUGAAGAGAGUAAGAAGAAGGACUAUUACCAGCUUCCAAUUCCACGGGCAAACAUUCACUUCCUGCAGACAUGGGAAGAGACACUGCAGUGCUGGGAAAAGGUGCUGCAGCCUGGGCAGGUUGUUGGCAUUGACAUGGAGUGGAGGCCUUCAUUCGGCAUGGUCGGGAAGCCCCGUGUUUCCCUCCUUCAAAUCGCUCUGAAGGAUGAGGUGUUCCUGCUUGACUUGCCACGGCUCCUCGAGCAAGCUGAGACGGAGGGUGAGAAGGAGAAGCUUCCCCAUUUCAUCCAGAUGCUCUAUUCAGAUGCAGCCAUCACUAAACUAGGUUAUGGGACAUCUGGAGACCUUAGCAGCCUUGCAGCCACAUGGUCUGCUUUGAAAGGCAUGGAUAAGCAAGCACAAGGUGUGGUGGACCUACUCACAGUAGACAAACAACUGCAGAAGAGCUCCAUUGACUGGAAGAAGGGUGGCCGGAAGGUCGAUGUACUGUCCUCGGAGCAGAGCUACAAGGAUAGAGGGUUCAGGCAGCCGGAGAAAGGACUCAGCCUCUUGGUGCAACAUGUGCUGGGGAAACCUCUAGAUAAAACAGAGCAGCUGUCUAACUGGGAGAAACGGCCUCUCCGGGAGGAACAGAUCCUCUAUGCAGCUUCAGAUGCAUACUGUUUGCUGGAGAUCUACGAGAAACUCUGUAAGGAUCCAGCAAGCUUUGGUCUGAGUUCAGACCUGACUAAGAGUCUGGUGGGAAAACCAAGCAUAAAACCCAGGGCAAAGAAGCAGCUGAAUAAACAAGAAGUACCCUCACCUUCUGGACAGCAAUGCACAGGAUCCAAAAAGGAGAACUUGUGUCCCCCUGCUCCCAUCUCCCCAAAGGAGUUCAGUGUGGUCUGCGAUAACAUGCUGCAAGGCCUUGGGCGCUAUCUUCGCUGCCUUGGUGUAGAUGUCCGGAUGCUGGAGAAUGAGGAUGACCAUAGGAAAGCUGCUGAGAUUGCCCGACAGGAAGGAAGAGUCAUUUUAACCUCUGGACUCCCAUAUCAGACUCUGCAGUCCCAGGUAGCAGAAGGAAGGUGUUUCUCUGUGAACUGCUCAGAAAAGGCAAAAGAACAGGCCCUGCAGGUUCUGAAGCACUUCAACGUUCAAGUAUCCCUGGCGGAUAUCUUCAGCCGCUGCCAGUCCCAGGAAGCCUGGCGUGCCCCAGGAUGCGAACGGCGUGCAGCUGGGAGAGCCACUUGCGAAACAAGCUCGUGUCCUCAGCCCGGCUCCGCGGGGGCGAGUGCCCCAUUGCACAGACACGGAAAUCCCAGUGAGGAGAAACAGAGCAGCUCUCGAGGGGUCGCCGGGCUGUGCCCUUCUCGCUGAGGUUGGUUCCUGACGUGAAAUAAUGUGGGCAUAUGUUCAGUGUGACAGUGUCGGAAAAUGAUACGGAGACUGUCAAGACCGAAUUCCUGUGCUGUUCCUAGAGCUUGAGAUUUUUUCCUUUGUGCUUGCGUUCAGCUCUAGGAUUCAUUCUCCUCUUUCGUAUUAAUGCAUUUGUGGUAACAUGAAGAAGUGUUGAUCUGGGGAGAAAAAGCAAGUGGUCACUGCUGUGAAAAAUACUUAUCACUGAUUCUGGUGCCUAAAUUCUCUGGGCUGGUGUUUUCCAAGGACUUGCAGAGUUAGAUACCCACAUGUACUGAAUGUCUGUCAAACACCAGCUGCCAAAAUCUCCCGAGUUUCAUUCAAAAUGCCAGAUUAAUUGAUUUAUUUAGAUUCAUAAACAUCAGUAGAGAGCAGGAGGCUCUGACCCAAUGAGAAACUGUGGAUAUGGCUGUGAACAGCAGGCUAAUGAAGAUGAAAAACCUCCCCUGUCCAGAGUAAUCCAAACACAGUCUUACAUGUGAGUCUGUUGGCCCAAGUGCAGCUGUUUGUCUUUUCAGUAAUCUGAAGCCGGAGCAGUACCCUGAGAAGCAAAGGGGACAGUGACUGUUUGUACGUAGCAGAGGUCAGUUGUGCUGCUGCCUAAACCGAACAGCUUCCCGUGGCGGAGGUGAACUUCGUGGCACGACGGUGCCACCACGGCUCCGGGGACGUGCUCCUGCUGGCCUAGCCUGGCUUCCCGGCUCCGUUGGACCAAAAGAGAGCAAGAAACUCAACGUCUUCCCUUUGGAGGGAAGCUGGAAAAUCUUCUCUGUAUUUAAAGUUCCCAUGGCUGCAGUUUGAAUUUGGCACACAGUUGGCCACGGGGUUAUCUGAGGUCAUGUACUCAAAUAGUUGUAGAUAAAACAAGGGCCUGUUUGGAUUGGAAAUCUCCAGAGGGCUUUUCCUUUGCGCGCGGGUAAUGAUAUUGCAAGAGGACAUGAGCCAAAAUAAAGAUUCGGCUCCGUAUGCAGUAGCUCAGUAAAAUAAAAUGAG